AUGAAAGCUUUGCAAAGUCGUCAAAAGAGCUAUCAUGACAAGAGGAAGAAAAAACUUGAGUUACAAGAGGGAGAUCACGUGUUCUUAAGGGUUACUCCGGUAACUGGCGUUGGUCGCGCGUUGAAGUCUAAGAAACUUACGCCAUGUUUAAUUGGUUCAUUUCAGAUUCUUCAGAGAGUAGGAGAGGUGGCCUACCGAGUGGCGUUGCCGCCAUAUCUUUUGACUCUUCAUGAUGUGUUUCAUUUGUAUCAGCUGAGGAAGUACAUUCCUGAUCCGUCUCAUUUGAUCCAGUUGGAUUAUGUUCAAGUUAGAGAGAACUUGAUAGUGGAGACUUUGGUGUUGAGAAUUAAGGAUCAUGAGGUAAAGAGCUUGCAAGGCAAGGAGAUCGCUUUAGUGAAAGUUGUUUGGGAAGGUCCUGUUGGUGGUAGUGUGACGUGGGAGCUCGAGAGUAGGAUGAGAGAGUUUUAUCUAGAGCUUUUCUCGUCAGGUAAUUUUCGAGGGCAAAAAUUCAUUAAGUGA